AUGCAGUCUGUAGACGUGAACCACAACAUCCCCCCUAGGUCCCUUGCAAGGGAUGAUUCGACCUUCUCCCUGAAAUCUGCCUCCUCACUUUUCACCGAAUUUGACGCCAGCACCACUCAGAUGACCAGUGCUUCGUCCCGCAUGCCCUCGCCCGCUUUUGGCGACGACAGCGAUGCAGCCAGCCCCGCGCUGAGCGACUCGCUGUCCUUUGACCUCGAUUUCGAAGAGCUCAUUGAAGCGAACGACGCGUCGGGGGACACGGCGGCUGACGGUGACGCGUUUAUGUUUGCCAACGACAAUACUGAAGCCAAGGACGAUGACCUUGAACAGUUCAAUGCUCUCGCGCAGAUUGUCGCCGACUACGGUCUUGCCACGCUCACAGCACUUGAUCACACUGGCGAUUCAGCUGUUUUCGACGUUGUUGCCGAUGGCAUAAUUGGACACCAUAGCAAAAGCGCCAUGGAGAUGGUCUUUUCGCCGUCCAAUCUUGUGGUCGGACAGGCGCUCAUUGACCGCGUCGGUCUUCCGCCCAUGUCCAAUGCGACAGUCCCGUCAAUGCCCCAGCAGACGGGUGCCACUUCGGAGCUGCUUCGCAUUCUGACCAACUCCGCUAUCGCGCAAGCAGCCCUGGGCAACAGUAUCGUUGCCGCGCCCACACCAGCACCCGCCGCUGAUGCACCGCCUGCCACCGCUAGCCCUGCUGAGUUGUCGCUUGUAAGCCCUCUGCCGCAGCCUGUUGUGAUCGACAGCAAGUCUCCGGUGGCCGUUUCUGCUGCAGUUCAAACUUCCACCGCAGACACGGAGGCCGACACGAGUAGCAAUGUCCGCCAGACGAGCAAGCGUAAGCGUGUUGCGGAUCCCAAUGCGCUUCUACCGCUUGAUGCGCCGAUCCAGCCGCGUCAAUACAAGGGUGCCUCGGCCACGUCGCGUAAGCCCUUGCCUGGCGUCGACCCGCAGGCUGCCUCCGACGCUGCCGUUCAGGCUCCUGCUCCAAAGAGGGGCAAGCGCGCGUCGUGUGCAGCAUCUUUAGCGGAUAGCGCCCCCCCGGUCGUCAGCGCUCAGCUGGCCAAGCGCAUGAGCAACACACUCGCCGCACGUCGCUCGAGGCAUCGCAAGGCUGAGGAGCUCAAGCAGCUGCACGACACGAUUGAAGACCUCACGGCACAAGUUGAAGAGUGGAAGAGGAAGUACGAGGAGAUGAAGUGGGAGAAUGAGCGACUCGGUAAACACAGUAACAACUAG